UCUCGCUCUAGUAAAUUGCAUUGUCGCCAACAUGCAGCAAGUUAGAAACUCCACCCUCUCAAGGGCUCUUUUCAACGUCUGGAUAAGCAUUUGGACUCUCAUUGUACUUUCGAUAUUCGCUCUCGCAUGCCUUGUUCAAGCAGGCACCAUCAACAUGCCAGAUUGGACCAAAGAUCUUCGUAAAUUCGACGAUGAAGAAUGGGCUCAAUAUUCAGCCAUAUUGAUCAUAUCAAUCUGCGUUCUCUUCGUCUUAACAAUGGUCACUGGGAUAGCUGCCCUUCGAGCCGAUGGAUAUUAAACCUACUCGAACGGAAGUGCGAAUCCUUGGCUGUAAAAUACACUCCCCAUGAAGGCUAAGAAGAAGGUUGUCUCGACAAAUAAGGAGGUCCAUCAACUUCGACAGCAACUAGCUCGACAAGAGUCACAUUGCAAAGCCCUACCUUCUAAGACUCAUUCCUGUUCCCUGAGUCGCCCGAGACGCACAUCGUCGUCAGAGAAUGCUGUGCCGCGCCGA